GUAUUCGCCUGUGAUCAAGCGAACUCAACGCUUAGUAUUGUCUCCUACAAAAGUUGUAGCCUAGGGAAGAGACAUGAUACCUUCGCAUGACCUGGGCUGACCGCCUCUUGGGAUUCACGUUGACAGGUGUGAAUCCCGCCUCCCAACUGGCCAUAUUCACACCAUUUGGGAGCUUCAGACAAAAAGUCAGGGCAUCAGAUUCAGAUGGAGUUUGAACUUGUAGCUUCUAAGUGCAAAAGCUCGCAGUGUUUGCUGAAUCGAUUUCCACCGAAGGCAUGCGCGACGAGAAGAAGCUAGCAACCGCCGUUUAGCGACAGUUUCUUCUCUCAUGGCGGGAACGGGAUUCGGCGCAGCAGCGCCGUCGCCACUGGUCAGGACGUGGAGGACUUCCUUCCUGUCGCUGAGGGAUGAAACCCUAACGACCCCUCCUCGCACUUCUUCUACUCCUCAAAUGCUCCAGAAUCUCAUUUUCUCGCAUUCUCAUGCUCUGGUUUCUGCCGCCACCGAACUUCCCUCUCACGAGGUUUUGUCAGACGUUUUGUUCUUGAUGGAUUUGGUUGCUGCUACUUCUUCCGAUGAAGACGAUUGUAGUCAUAUCUAUACUCAUGCAUCACGCUUGAUCCAUGAUAUUUGUGGUCGCGUGUCUAUGGAUAUGAAUUUAUCCUCUUUCAGUAGAGUUCUUAACUGUUUUGGGAAGAUGAUAGAUCUUUCUCUCCGAAAAGGUGCUAAUCGUGAUGAGUUAACUGGAACUAGCGGUGCUGCUACGAUAGUUCCUGCUAUUGAAUGCUUGAAGGCUAUCAGAUGUAUAAUUACUUUAUCUCAUAGAGGAUGGUCGCUGUCUGAAGAUACUAUACUAGUUAAAUUUCUACUUGAUGUUAUUGGUAGCACUCACGGUGUGUCAUGUCGGAUUCCUCAAUCAAUAUGUCAAGAAAAAUCUGCAGAGAUUAAUUUUAGAUUUUCCCCUGAAAUCAGUUUAAGUGAACUGCAGACAGUAGCUUUUGAGAUGCUCAGUGAAGCAAUCUCAAGAGCUGGGUCAUCCUUUCCAGUUGAUAUCUGGAGAUCAAUGCUUGAGGUGGUCAGAAAAACAAUGGAUACCUUGGCAUUAAAAUCCCCAGUUGUGGAAGAUAGUGUUAUGUCCAGGUUUUAUGAAUCUUUUCUGUGCUGCCUGCAUCUCAUCCUUAGUGAUUCUAAAUGUUCUGUUUCUGAUCAUGUGUCAGCUUUUGUUGCGGUUUUACGAAUCUUCUUAGUUUAUGGCCUUUCUGGCAGAACAUCAAGCACUUCUCUGCUUGUUGGUCAUGAGGAGAAGGAUAUUAGUAAUGUGAGUCCUAAUGCACCCAAGGAACAACUAAAUACGUCAAAUCGUAGUGCUUAUAGACCUCCACACUUGCGCAAAAGGGAUGUGAAGCACAAUAGAGCUAGGUGUUCCCAAUAUAUCUGUGAUAACGAAUCUUCUACUAUUAAUGUUACAUCUUCAGAUUCAGAUUUUAGUGAUGGAGACAGUUCAGCUAAAGAGAGCGGUAGAGUGCAGAACUCUAGAGUUAGAGUAGCUGCUAUAAUUUGCAUAGAGGAUCUUUGCCAAGCUGAUUCUAAAUCUUUCUCUAUGCAAUGGUCCCUGCUUUUGCCAACCACUGAUGUGCUGCAACUAAGGAUGCGUGAUGCAACUUUAAUGACAUGCUUGCUAUUUGAUCCUUGUUGGAAGGCACGUAUGGCAUCUGCAUCGACUCUAGUGGCCAUGUUGGAUGGUCCCUCUUCCAUUUUCCUGCAAGUUGCAGAGUAUAAGGAAUCCAGCAAAUUUGGAUCUUUUACAGCACUUUCAAGUUCCCUCGGGCAGAUUUUACUGGAACUUCAUAGAGGCAUUCUUUACUUAAUAAUGAAUGAAGCUCAUGGUAAAUUGCUCGCAAUGUUGCUCAAGAUCCUCAGGCUUGUGAUACUAUCUACACCAUAUUCAAGAAUGCCGCCAAAUUUGUUGCCUACUGUUAUCACAUCUCUUAGGACAAGGAUUGAAGAAGGGUUUUGGUUCAAAAGUGACCAGAGUAGUCUGCUGCAGGCUGCUGCUGUUGGUUGUUUGACAUUAGCUCUGUCUAUCUCACCAUCCUCUGCUCAAGUAAGGAAAAUGCUCUGUGAUGAAGUUUCUUCAGGUUAUAUCGAGACCGAAAAGAAGUCAGGCGUUCUUUAUUUGUUAUUGGAAUAUUCAAUGCAAUGGAGUUGCCAAAGCAUUUGCCUUGAGGCCCUUCAGGCACUUAAAGCUGUAUCCCACAAUUACCCUAACAUAGUGAAUGCAUGCUGGGAACAAGUUUCUGCGAUUGUGUAUGGCUUCCUUAGAAUUGCAUGCUCUGAAGUUCCUUUAAAGCAGUCAAGUGAACAUGAUGGUAGCCCAACUACAUUUAUUAGUGAAAAAGUUCUUAUAACUGCUAUUAAGGUUCUAGAUGAGUGUCUUCGGGCUGUGUCUGGAUUUCAAGGAACAGAAGAUCUUUCAGAUGAUAAAUUGGUGGAUAUUCCUUUUGCAUCUGAUUUCAUUAGGAUGAAGAAAGUGUCAUCUGCUCCAUCUUAUGAACUAGAGUACAGAGAGGACGAUGUAAUUAACUCUGAAGAAUGUAAAUCUGGAAUUCAACAAUGGUGUGAGGCAAUCGAGAAGCACAUGCCUCUUAUAUUAUGUCACUCUUCUGCAUUGGUGAGAGCUGCAUCAGUUACAUGUUUUGCGGGCAUGACUUCUUCAGUGUUCAUUGCUUUCACUAAGCAAAAGCAGGACUUCAUUUUGUCUUCUUUAGUCCAUGCUGCUGUGCAUGAUAAUGUGCCAUCAGUGAGGUCUGCUGCGUGUCGAGCCAUUGGUAUCGUUUCAUGUUUUCCACAAGUGUGUCAGAGUGCAGAGGUACUAGACAAGUUUAUCAAUGCUGUUGAGAUAAACACUCGAGAUGCCCUAUCCUCGGUGAGGAUAACAGCUUCUUGGGCAUUGGCAAAUAUAUGUGAUGCUAUUUGUCACUUUGUUGGAAUUCUUCCUUUCAAACAUACCAGUUCAAACUGCAAUCCCCAACUGAUUUUAUCAUUAAGUGAAUGUGCUUUGCAUCUUACAGAGGAUGGAGACAAGGUUAAAUCUAAUGCUGUAAGGGCUCUUGGGUAUAUUUCUAGAAUCUUUAAAUGUUCAACAUCAAGAUUUCAAGACAUGUCAGUGGACUACCGGGACCAUAGGACUGAGGCCAAUCUCUGUACUGACAAUAUAAGAUUUCGUCUGCAACAUUGGCAAUUGGAUUAUCCAGAAGAUUUUUUUAGGCUGGAGAAAAUAGUUCAGGCGUUCAUUUCGUGCAUUGCUACUGGGAAUGUGAAGGUUCAGUGGAAUGUUUGUCAUGCUCUAGGGAACCUAUUCUUAAAUGAAACAUUAAGGCUGCAAGACAUGGACUGGGCUCCAGCAGUUUUUGGUAUUCUUCUGCAACUAUUACGUGAUUCAUCGAAUUUUAAAAUCAGGAUACAAGCUGCAGCAGCCUUAGCUGUGCCCGUAUCUGUGCAAGAUUAUGGUCGAUCCUUCUCAGACAUUGUGCAAUCUGUAGAGCAUGUAAUGGAGAAUAUAGAUCAGGACCCAAUAUCAGGGCCGUCAAAUUUCAAGUAUAGGGUUUCAUUACAAAAGCAGCUUACCUUGACAAUGUUACACCUCCUACGCUUUACAUCAAGCACAGAUGAUCAACAGUUGAAAGAUUUUCUAGUCAAGAAAGCACCGUUUCUUGAAGAUUGGUUCAAGGGACUAUGCUCAUCUGUUGAGAGCACACUUGAUGUUCAAGAUAAGUCCAUUGCAGACCGAAAGAAAGCAAUGAUAUCGAGCGCAAUAGGAUCAUUAAUAGAAGUGUGCAAAGAAAAACAACAAGAUGCAUUCGCUCAAAAGUUUGAAGAAUUGAAGAACGGUGUAUAAAGGUGCAGUGUAAAAAGACAGUGGUUCAUAUAAUCUGUUUUCAGCCCUACCAAUCAAUAUUUACCAUUUUAGCAGGUGGAAAUUAAGGGCUCCGGAAGUAAAACGAAUGUAGUCUUGGAAAUACGUAUAGUCCAGUCAAGAGUAUUGGGUUAGGUUGCUUUUCUCAACAAGAGGAUUGUACUGUCUACAUAUUCCUAGUUUGUAGAAUGGUAACAGAUUUCCAGAACAUAAUGCUGGAAUAGUAGUGUAUAUUUAUUGUUCCAUUUUUAGCGGUUUGUAAUUGUGGAUAUUAGAAUUAAUUGGUUAUUAACUUAUUAUUGUGCUAAAUUAUCUUAGCAUUUACACGCUCCAACAAUAAAAACAAGGGGUUACCUUCAGCUAUAUAUUCAAUUUUUCUAAUUUUAAGUA